AUGGAGCCCGGGCCCGCGGCGCCCUCCUCCGGCCCCCAGAGGUCGGCCGGGGUCGGGGAUACUCCACUGGCCGCCGCCGGGGUAGACCUGCCCGGCACUGCGGUGCCCUCAGUGCCAGAGGAUGCUGCGGCCGCGAGCCGAGACGCCGGCGGGGUCCGCAGCGAGGUCACCGCGGCGGCCGGGGACGGGCUGGGCAGACCCCUAGGGCCCACUCCAAGCCAGAGCCGCUUCCAGGUGGACCUGGUUUCCGAGAACGCGGGGCGGGCCGCUGCGGCGGCGGCGGCGGCCGGUGCUGGGGCGGGGGGCAAGGGGACCUCCACGGAUGGGAAAGUCAGCGGCGAGGGCGGGCCUGCGAAGGGGAGCGAGGAAGCCAAGGGCCGCUUCCGUGUGAACUUCGUGGACCCAGCUGCUUCCUCGUCUGCGGAAGACAGCCUUUCGGAUGCGGCGGGGGUCGGAGGCGACGGGCCCAACGUGAGCUUCCAGAACGGCGGGGACACGGUGCUGAGCGAGGGCAGCAGCCUGCACUCGGGCGGCGGCGGCAGCAGUGGGCACCACCAGCACUACUACUAUGAUACCCACACCAACACCUAUUACCUGCGCACCUUCGGCCACAACACCAUGGACGCUGUGCCCAGGAUCGACCACUACCGGCACACAGCUGCGCAGCUGGGCGAGAAACUGCUUCGGCCCAGCCUGGCCGAGCUGCACGACCAGCUGGAAAAGGAACCUUUUGAGGAUGGCUUUGCCAAUGGAGAAGAAAGUACUCCAACCAGAGAUGCGGUGGUUACGUACGCGGCGGAAAGUAAAGGGGUCGUGAAGUUUGGCUGGAUCAAGGGUGUCUUAGUACGUUGUAUGUUAAACAUUUGGGGUGUGAUGCUUUUCAUUAGAUUAUCAUGGAUCGUGGGGCAAGCUGGAAUAGGUCUGUCAGUCGUUGUAAUAAUGAUGGCCACCGUUGUAACAACUAUCACAGGAUUGUCCACUUCAGCAAUAGCUACUAAUGGAUUUGUAAGAGGAGGAGGAGCAUAUUAUUUGAUAUCUAGAAGUCUAGGACCAGAGUUUGGUGGUGCAAUUGGCCUGAUCUUUGCUUUUGCAAAUGCUGUCGCAGUUGCCAUGUAUGUGGUUGGAUUUGCAGAGACUGUGGUGGAGUUGCUGAAGGAACAUUCCAUUCUUAUGAUAGAUGAGAUCAAUGAUAUCCGAAUUAUUGGAGCCAUUACGGUGGUGAUUCUUUUAGGUAUCUCAGUAGCCGGAAUGGAGUGGGAAGCAAAAGCUCAGAUUGUUCUUUUGGUGAUUCUUCUUUUUGCUAUUGGUGAUUUCGUCAUAGGAACAUUUAUUCCAUUGGAGAGUAAGAAGCCCAAAGGAUUCUUUGGUUAUAAAUCUGAAAUAUUUAAUGAGAACUUCGGACCAGAUUUUCGAGAGGAAGAGACUUUCUUUUCUGUAUUUGCCAUCUUUUUUCCUGCUGCAACUGGUAUUCUGGCCGGAGCAAAUAUCUCAGGUGAUCUUGCAGAUCCUCAGUCAGCCAUACCCAAAGGAACACUCUUAGCCAUUUUAAUUACCACGUUGGUUUACGUAGGAAUUGCAGUAUCUGUAGGUUCUUGUGUUGUUCGGGAUGCCACAGGGAACGUUAACGACACUAUUGUAACAGAGCUAACGAACUGCACUUCUGCAGCCUGCAGAUUAAACUUUGACUUUUCAUUUUGUGAAAGCAAUCCUUGUUCCUACGGCCUAAUGAACAACUUCCAGGUAAUGAGUAUGGUGUCAGGAUUUGCACCAUUAAUUUCUGCAGGUAUCUUCUCAGCUACUCUUUCUUCAGCAUUAGCAUCCCUUGUCAGUGCUCCCAAAAUAUUUCAGGCUCUGUGUAAGGACAACAUCUACCCAGCUUUUCAGAUGUUUGCCAAAGGUUAUGGGAAAAAUAAUGAACCUCUUCGUGGCUAUAUUUUAACAUUCUUAAUUGCACUUGGAUUCAUCUUAAUUGCUGAACUGAAUGUUAUUGCUCCCAUCAUCUCUAACUUCUUCCUGGCAUCAUAUGCGCUGAUUAAUUUUUCAGUAUUCCAUGCAUCACUUGCAAAAUCUCCAGGAUGGCGUCCUGCAUUCAAAUACUACAACAUGUGGAUAUCACUUAUUGGAGCAAUUCUUUGUUGCAUAGUGAUGUUUGUCAUUAACUGGUGGGCUGCAUUGCUCACAUAUGUGAUAGUCCUUGGGCUGUAUAUUUAUGUUACCUACAAAAAACCAGAUGUGAACUGGGGGUCUUCCACUCAGGCCCUGACUUACCUGAAUGCACUGCAGCAUUCCAUUCGUCUUUCUGGGGUGGAAGACCAUGUCAAGAACUUUAGGCCACAGUGUCUUGUUAUGACAGGUGCUCCAAACUCACGUCCAGCUUUACUUCAUCUGGUUCAUGAUUUCACAAAAAACGUUGGUUUAAUGAUCUGUGGCCAUGUACAUAUGGGCCCUCGAAGACAAGCAAUGAAAGAGAUGUCCAUUGACCAAACCAAAUAUCAGAGAUGGCUUAUUAAAAACAAAAUGAAGGCAUUUUAUGCUCCAGUCCAUGCAGAUGACUUAAGAGAAGGUGCUCAGUAUUUGAUGCAGGCUGCUGGGCUUGGUCGUAUGAAACCAAACACACUUGUCCUUGGAUUUAAGAAAGAUUGGUUGCAAGCAGAUAUGAGGGAUGUGGAUAUGUAUAUAAAUGUAUUUCAUGAUGCUUUUGACAUACAAUAUGGAGUAGUGGUUAUUCGCCUGAAAGAAGGUCUGGAUAUAUCUCAUCUUCAAGGACAAGAAGAAUUAUUGUCAUCACAAGAGAAAUCUCCUGGCCCCAAGGAUGUGGUGCUAAGUGUGGAGUAUAGUAAAAAGUCAGAUUUAGAUACUUCUAAGCCACCUGGUGAAAAACCUGUUACACAUAAAGACGAGGAAGAGGAUGGCAAGACUCCAACUCAACCACUGUUGAAAAAAGAAUCCAAAGGCCCUGCUGUGCCUUUAAAUGUAGCUGACCAAAAGCUUCUUGAAGCUAGCACACAGUUUCAGAAAAAACAAGGAAAGAAUACUAUUGAUGUCUGGUGGCUUUUCGAUGAUGGAGGUUUGACCUUAUUAAUACCUUAUCUUCUGACUACCAAGAAAAAGUGGAAAGACUGUAAGAUCAGAGUAUUCAUUGGUGGAAAAAUAAACAGAAUAGACCAUGACCGGAGAGCGAUGGCUACGUUGCUCAGUAAGUUCCGGAUAGACUUCUCAGAUAUUAUGGUCCUAGGAGAUAUCAAUACCAAACCAAAGAAAGAAAAUAUUACAGCUUUUGAUGAAAUGAUUGAGCCAUACAGACUUCAUGAAGAUGAUAAAGAACAAGAUAUUGCAGAUAAAAUGAAAGAAGAUGAACCAUGGCGAAUAACAGAUAAUGAGCUUGAACUUUAUAAGACAAAGACAUACCGGCAGAUCAGGUUAAAUGAAUUAUUAAAGGAACAUUCAAGUACAGCUAAUAUUAUUGUCAUGAGUCUCCCAGUUGCACGGAAAGGUGCUGUGUCUAGUGCUCUGUACAUGGCAUGGUUAGAAGCUCUAUCUAAAGACCUCCCACCAAUCCUUCUCGUCCGUGGGAAUCAUCAGAGCGUGCUUACCUUCUAUUCGUAAAUGUUCCACACAAUGGACAGUCCUCCAGAGUGGUACUUCAGUGCCUAGUGAAGUAAACUGAAAUCUUCAAUAACAUAUUAACAUCACAAUGGCAAAUGGUGACUUUUCUUUCACUAUUUCAUUAUUUUGAAAGCACACAGGAAAGUUGCUCCAUUGAUAUGUGUGUGGAGACUUCAGUUUUAGUCAAUUCCAUAUCUCAAUCUUAAUGAAUGGUGGUGAUUCUUGGACUGAAGUUCAUGAGAGUAGUUUUCCUUUGCUACUUGAAUAGCAAUAAAAAUGUGUUAUUUUUUGAUUGAUGAAAGGAGUACAAAAAGCCUUUAGCCUUGAGGUGCCUUCUGAAAUUAACCAAAUUUCAUCCAUAUAUCCUCUUUUAUAAAUUUAUAGAAUGUCAAUCUUUGCCUUCAGCUAUUAUCUUUGUUUCUAGUCUUUUCCACCUUAAGACAAAAUGGACACUGCUCUUCUUCUUCCAUCGACCGAUUAAUGUUGAGUACUGUAUGUUUUCUAUUACUUUUUUAAAGGUAUCUGUUAGGUAUUGAAAGUGAAAAUUAGGGCAAGUUAAUGAAAAAUGGUAACCAAAAAGUGACCCCAAGGUUAAGUUUGUAUGAGUACAUGUAAAUGUAGUUAAGAUAAAAAGCCCCCAAAUACCUUCUUAAUCUCUUCUGAUUGGCUAUUAUUUCAAUCUUCAUUAUUUUCCAAUACUUACAAUGUACCAUGCUGAAAAAUUACAUGUCAUUUUUUAAACAAGAUCAUUUGUAUUUAUUUGAAGAGAAAUCUGUCCUAAUUUAGAAUUCCCCUCAAAUCUGAGGAACUGAUAAGAAAUGCUAACAGAUUUUUUUUUUUUUCUGGAGGAAAUUUGGACAAAGCAAUGUCAUUUAAUAGAAUAUUUCAAUAAACACUAAGUGGAAUUUCACUAUAUUGUACCAUCCUUUAUAAUCAUUAAAGUAAUGUUUCAUCAAAUGGUUAAAUGGACCACUGGUUUCUUAGUGAAAUGUUUUUAGGCUUAAUUCAUUCAGCUGUCAAGUACACUUAGUCUUAAUACACUCAGGUUUGAACAGAUUAUUCUGAACAUUUAAAUUUAAUCCAUUCUUAAUACUUUAAAACUUUUGUGUUAAGGAAAAACUGCCAGUUUGUGCUUCUGAAAUGUCCGUUUUGACAUCCUAGUCUACUAGUACAAUUUUGACAGUGUAUAUGUACUAAAAGCUUUAUACAGAAUUAUUAAUGUGAAGUUUUUCAUUUUUUAUUCAAGGAAGGAUUUCCUAAAAACAUUUCAAGGGAUUUAUGUCUACAUGUCUGUAUGUGUGUGUAUGUAUGUGUGUGCACACACAGAUGUGUAUGUGUACAUGCAACGGAAUUCAUGUUGUUGGUGUUUUGCAUUUUAAGGUGAUUAAGAUUCAUUUGAUUUUUUUUGUUUGUUUUUUGUUUUGUAAACAUAAGUUUAAAAUCGGAUUGACAGGUACAGGUUUCAUGGAGAACAAAGGUGAUCAUUUGAAGGUCAUGCAUGCUAUAAUGUUACAGUUAUCCAGUUAAAAGAUAAAAAACAUUUCAUCUAAAAUACGGCUCAGUGGGUUCUUUGGCAUAAGUCUUCAUGGUAUAGAAUUUAUGCAGGUUUUCGUGUAUCUUGAUAGAAAUCUACUAAAUUAUUCUUUGCAAUGGUGCAGUACUUGGCUGCGUGAGUAUAGACUCAGUAUAAAUUGGAAGUCUGAUUGUUUUGAAUUCAGAAUAUUAAGAAAAUGAAACUAAUUUUCUGGAAAAAAUUUUCUACAUCACAAUUCUUAGCUUUUGUUCCCUUUAUUGCUGGUUUCGCAGUGUUUAGGAGGAAAGACAGUAGAAAUGCUCAGUAAACAAUAUCAUGUGUGAACUUCUAAAUGGAUAGAUAAUAGGGCAUGGACCAAGUGCUGCUAUCUUGAAAUGUGCACAGGUACACUUAAUUUUGUUGUUGGGUUUUUUUGUUUUGUUUUGGGGUUUUUUUGAGUUUUUCCCAUUCAGGAAAACAUCAUUGUGGUCUGUACUACAGGAACCAAAUGUCAUGCAUUAUACAUGUGUAUAAAGUACAUAAAAUAUAUCUAAAUAUGCAUAAUGUGGGGAGGGUAAUAUUGUCUGUGAAAUAAUGUAAGAAGCUUUUCACUUAAAAAAAAUUGUAUUACUUUCACUUAGCACUAGACACCAGGUCAAAAAUUUUCUAAUAAAUUUCAACAAUUCAUAGAGAUGUUAGCUAGCGUUGAAGUUACUGUACUUUAUUUAUGCUGAAUUUUGAUUAAUGCCAAAUAUUUUUUUAGUCAUAAUCAUUGAGACUUGGAAAUAAAUAAUUACACAAUGGCAUUUGGCAGUUCAUUAUUCCAAUAGGUGAGAAUUCAGUGGGUUGAGGGAGAAUGGUGGUGUUAAGCUGAUUAUAACAGUUACUGAAAUCAAAUAUUUAUUUGUUACAUUAUUUCAUUUGUAUUUUAGGUUUCCUUUUACAUUCUUUUUAUAUGCUUUCUGACAUUGCAUAUUUUUUAAGACUAUAGAAAUAAUUUAAAGAUUUGAGCUGUGGUGGAUGAUUAUCUACUAAGUUUGAAAAUGUAAUAUUUUGAUAAUACUGUACUAUAACUGUCACACAAAUGCUUUUCUAAUGUUUUAACUUUGAGAAUUGCAGUUGCUGCUUUGUACAGAAGUUACUGCAAUAAAGGAAGUGGAUUCAUUAAAACUA